AUCUUAGCAGGUGCGCGUAUGUAAAAUGUACGACUUUCACUUCAUACGAAGAAAAAACGAAGUGGGGACGGAAUGAAGCAAAGUAACGGACUUCGGAAUAAGGCAAACUAAAAGUAGAAUCAGAAAAACAGAAACAGACCGAUCGUACGGGCCGUAGUAUCGUAUUCCUCUCGUUCUUUCUCAAUUAAAAUAAUUCACAUUAUUUAUAUUUCGAUGAAAAACGAUACAUUGGAAUAAAGACACUCGCAUAUCUAGUGUUACGCUUUGUGACGAACUUGCUUUUCGUUCUGCAAAUUGAAAGUAUUACCUUGCGGUCACCGAAAUGGCAAGACACGCUCCCUGGACGACCAUGAUCUUUGCGACAAUAAUCGUUGCCUGUUUACUUGGAUUAAUCGUCGAAACCGCGGCGACGAUAGCUCAACCAAAGGCACCUAAUUUCCAGUAUUUCGAACGGCCUAAAUAUCGCUACCCAUACUAUGAUGAAAAUGGCAGGGGAAAAUUACUCUAUGGUUAUGGAGGACCAGAUCUGUAUCAAUACAAAACUUUCAGUGCCCUUGAGGGAAUCCAUUAGGAUGAAAUUACGCUAUUAAGACAUCUAGUUAAUAAUCAUUCUAUGAGUUGUGAUUAUUAUCAUAUAGGGUGAUCCUUUGUGAAAUGACAUAUAGUACAUACACGAUUUUGCUUCGGAUUACAAGAAAAUGAUUACAUAUAUUCUAUGUUGCAUAAUAAUAACAUACGAUAUAACUUUCAAUACUUUGCAUUAUAUCCUUACAUCUUUUCUUGUUAUCAGAAACACAUCGAGUCACGCUAUGGAAUUAAGGAACAUUACAAGAUCAUUUAUUCUCCCAAUCAUAACCAAUUGUAUUUUUAAAUGCAAUCAAUCGAUAUGCUUAAUUACGUCGUAAACAUGUAAACAUUAUGUUUCUUCGCCGCGGGUUAUGAAUCUUUUUGUUCGACAAUACGAGUUCUCGAAAGUAGAAACGAGUCUAUGUAUUUAUCUCAAAAGACAAAUUACUUCGUUAGUCAGAUGAAUGAAAAAAUGUAUUAGACAUUAGAAUAUUAUGAUAAAUCGAUGCAGAAAUUACUACAAAUACAAUUACGAGUAAUAUCGUUAAAAUUGAUCGUCUAUGAAAAAUUUGUGGAAUGUGCAUAGCAUUUCUAGAGUCUAUGACGUGUCCAAUAUAAUCACCGUGAAGACGAGAAACGGUUAGAUUCUAGCGCCCAGAAAUCGGGUAUCGUACAUCAGAAAGACAGAAAAAUUUGUAAAGAUUAAAAAACGCAGUCAUUUUAAAUCUUAGUUAAACGCGUUUAGUUAGACGCAGAAAAUGUUCGUUCCGUGACAAGUGCACAUACAAGUUUACAAAUGUGCAAGCAUAGUCGAGUGUAUAGCGAGAUAUUAUUGAUAAACGAAUGACUACUACCCGUACGAUGUGUAUUGGGUAUUUUAUUCCAAAUGAUCCUUGUCCGCCUUAUCUUCGGCAGACUGUAACUGUCAUACAAAAUCCAUCUCGGAUUUAUUAUAAUAUCGUGUACCUGCUCGUAGGUUAUACAGCUGCCUUUCUAUUAAUUUCUUUAUCUCGCUAAUUAUGAAAACGCUUGACGUGAUUCCAACAAGAACCAAGAUAUCUGUUGAAAACAGAAACAAAUAUUUCCUUCAAAAGUUCAAAAAUAAAGAUGAAAUAUUAUAAAAGCUUCGUUUAAAAUACGCACCUACUGCCGAAAGAGCUUCGGUUUGGAAAACUCGUUGUAACGGUGGAAAGUAGAUCACUAGCAUCUGUCCUAUUACUGAUAAUGUUACGGCUACCAGGAACAUUUUGUUACUAAAUAAACCAAUAGUAAAUAUUGAUUUGGUCUGAAAUGUUUAUGACAUGUUUAAUUCAUGGAAAAUAUAUAUUACAAUGUUAAACAA